GAAGACGGUGGGGGUGCGCGUCGGCGGCGGCGACGGCUGGCCGGAGGGUGCAGCCAUCGGCGUCGGGGCUCGGCCCUAUCAGUUUAGUUACCGCACCACAUAAAGGCAUUGCGUUGUAGACACCGUUAUACCCGCAACAUUCUUACUAUUUGCUUGCAUAUCUCCUGAUUUUUAACCCUUCGAUUCGGUUAAAAGAAAGAAUACAUUCGGUUCGGUAUCGUUCGUCGUCGUACAACACAGUCGCCGUCGCCGUCGCCGUCGCCGUCGCCGCCGCUGUCGUCGUCGCCGUCGCCGUCGCUGCCGUCGUUGUCGUCGUCCUGUAACAUUCGGUUGUCCCACUGCUUUGUCCCAUCCACGUGCCGAUCGAGCGACUUCGUCGCGUCCUCGUCGUCGUCGACGCCGUCUUCACACCGCCGCCACCAUCGCUGGAGAGAAAUCGCGUGAAGAGAAAGAAAGCGACAAAGAAACCAAGUUCCAACGAGAAUCUCUUGUGGAACGGCGGAUGUCGUGCGACAAGAGAUAGAAGUUCGCUUCAGACUGCGAUCGGUCGAAGAUAAAAAGAGGAGGAGCGACUAGCGCGUUCUUCCUGCUUUAUGAUUUCGUUCGUGCCUCCCUAUCCCGUUCUUCAUCAUUAACCCCGUCUACGUCCGCGAGCAGCAGCUCCUCCAGAUCGCUCGUCCUCGACCCUUCUCCACGAUCCCUUCGAUCGAUCUCUCCGACAGUCGCGUCGCGUCGAUCACGAGGACUCGUGAACUCGUUCGUGAACGGAUCAACGCGGAAGACGGUGCGCGAUUUUCUCACGUGGUAACGCGACAACGAGAGAGAAAGAGAGAGAGAGAGAGAGAGAGAGAGAGAGAGAAGCGCGUGUCGUUAACGAGAGAGCGAGGGAACGAGAGAUCGUCAACUGGAAGAUCUUUUAAUCGGCAGAAGAGGAAUCGGCAGAGAGAGAGAGAGAGAGGGAGAGAGAGGGAGAGAGAGAGAGAGAGAGAGAGAGAGAGAGAGAGAGAGCGAGAGCGAGAAAGAGAGCGAGACAGGGACAGAUAGGAGAGGGUCCUGCGCCGGGGGUGGGAGUGAAAGAGAGACUACUGGGUGUGUUCGGGUCCGCGCGCGCGAGAUUUGUUUAUUCGCCGUGGCGAGAUACGCGAAGCGCGCAUAAAUAUUCGAGAGUGCAUCGCGUGUAUGAUCCGUCGCGGGGGGGGAUCCUCGUUCGGAGCGUGGAGCGAUGAGGGGUUAGUGUAAACGUGCCGUGCAACUCGAUGCCGGAACUCUCGUGCCGAGGAUCGGAAGCCGGUUCCCUCGGCUCGCUGGCGCUCGCGUCCGCAGUUCGGAUGUUCGUGAUCGCGUCGUGAGAGAUUCGCCGUCGCGCGCGCGCGCGCGCGCGAGAACGUAAAGUUGGGAAGGCUGGUUCUGAGGAGGACACGAGCACGGAACAGGGAAAUACGAACAGCGAAACGAAAGAAAGACAGAUAUUCACGCACACACCGCGCCGCCCGUCGACCGUUCGAAAGUUCCGCAGGGUCCCUCGUGCGAUCGUAGAGAAAGGCGAAGAGAAAUAAACGUAAACGGGGAGACGAGUAUAUCUCGGCGUCUAGAGAAUAGAGAAAAAUAAAAGUUAAUUCAAACAAAAACCCACCGUCGUUCCGUUCUGCGCCCAGAUAUCGGCAUCCUCCAACCACUGAUUUUCAUCGUUAACCGAUUUCGUACAUAGUUAGAUACGACUCGUUAGAGGAUUGCAAUGAUGGCGAACGGAAUGGACACAGUCGUACAACAAAACGGAGGAUCGACCCUCGGACAGACCUCGCAGGAGGAGUCGAAGACGAAUCUCAUUGUAAACUACUUGCCGCAGAGCAUGACACAGGAUGAGAUUCGCUCUCUGUUCUCCAGCAUAGGCGAAGUCGAGAGCUGCAAGUUAAUCCGUGAUAAGCUCAGCGGUCAGAGUUUGGGUUACGGUUUCGUCAACUAUCACCGGCCUGAAGAUGCUGAAAAGGCUAUAAGCACGCUCAAUGGUCUCCGUCUACAGAACAAAACGAUCAAGGUAUCGUACGCAAGACCGAGCAGCGAGGCGAUCAAAGGCGCGAAUCUCUAUGUAAGCGGCUUGCCGAAGAAUAUGGCGCAGCAGGAUCUGGAGAAUCUCUUUAGUCCUUACGGCAGAAUCAUCACGUCGCGAAUACUGUGCGACAACAUCACCGUACGACAGUUUGUGACCGGCGGCGGAGACAAUUUGCCCGGCCUGUCAAAGGGUGUCGGCUUCAUAAGGUUCGACCAGCGCGUCGAGGCCGAGCGGGCGAUUCAGGAGCUGAACGGCACCAUACCGAAGGGCUCGUCCGAGCCGAUCACCGUCAAAUUCGCCAACAAUCCCAGCAACAACAACAAGGCGAUACCGCCAUUGGCCGCCUAUCUCGCACCACAGGCGACUCGUCGCUUCGGCGGGCCGAUCCACCACCCAACCGGCCGCUUCAGGUACAUUCCACUGUCGCCACUAUCCAGCACUGGCAAGGCCAUGCUUGCCAUUAACAAAGGCUUACAGAGUAGGUACAGUCCGUUGGCGGGUGACCUCCUCGCAAACUCCAUGCUGCCAGGUAACACGAUGAACGGCGCCGGCUGGUGCAUCUUCGUGUACAACCUCGCGCCCGAGACAGAGGAGAACGUGCUGUGGCAGCUGUUCGGGCCUUUCGGCGCCGUCCAGUCGGUCAAGGUUAUACGUGACCUACAGACGAACAAGUGCAAGGGCUUCGGCUUCGUGACGAUGACCAACUACGAGGAGGCGGUGGUGGCUAUACAGAGCCUGAACGGCUACACCUUGGGCAACCGUGUGCUCCAGGUCAGCUUCAAGACGAACAAGAGCAAGACGGCGUAGGACGAGCAACAGGCGGCAGCGGCGGCGGUGGCUGCGGCUGCGGCUGCGGCCGUGGCGGCGGACGCGGCGGCGGUAGCGGCGCCUUACCAUCAUCGUCGUCAUCGGCUGCUACGUACCGCGGUGGUGCAGCUACCGGUGCCGAUGCCGGGUCACUUCUACAACAAGAGGGGACCCGGUCAGGUGCCGGGCGCGAAUCCCGCCAACAGCAUCAGCAACAGUCACCACGGCGGCGGAGGCGGUAACGGCAUUCUCCACGGUGCCAAGGGCCAACGGCAGCCGUUUCUCCAGCGCCUACCGUCGCGCAUACACGAUCUCACUCGGGCGAUUGAAAUAGCCGUCUCGGGAGCGGCGAACCCGGUGCAACAGCAGCAGCAGCAGCAGCAGCAGCAACAGCGUCAGCAUGCGCAAGCCAAGCAGCAGACCUCCCUCAAGAGCAAGCCCAACAACAACCGUCAGGCCGGCGGCAAGAAGCUCCAGCAGAGCGAGAAAGCGUAGUUGCGAGGAGUGAUUGUGUGUAUGUGUGUGCGUGCGUGUGUAUGUGCACGUGGCGAGUAUGUAUGAGAGAGAAAGAAAGGACAAGAUGAAGUGUAUGAAUGUGCGUGUAUGUGCGAGAGAGAGAAAGGGAGGGAGAGAGAGAGAGAGAAAGAGGAUAAAUGGGAAAAUGCAAACAAGGAAAGAAUACAUGGAAGAUAAUAACGAGAGAAAACUAUGUGCGAAAGAGAGAGAGAGAAAGAGUGUGUGUGUGUGUGUGUGUGUGUGUGUGUGAAAAAAUUAAUAAAAGAGGUUGAUAAGAAGGUGGUGGGUGUUGAGUCGUUCGACUGUGUCCGAUAACAUAACUGCACGACUGAAGCUUGCUGACACGUGCUGAAAACUCGAAUUUCCCUCGAUUGGGGGGGGGGAGGGGUUGGGGGAUAAGGUGGGCGGUAGAAAAACAUGCGACAUUAUUAAAUGCGCGCGAGUCACAAUCGCGUCGCCCUUUCUGUCUCCUUUCGUUCUCGAGUCGGCACUCGCCUCACCCUCGCAUGUUUCCGUCCUCACGUUCGACCGUGGUCGAGGACGCGACGUAGUGACACAGCGGGAAUCUGAGACACCCUCGGCGUUCUCGUUGAUGCUGACAUUUAGUCCAACAAAAUCGGACAAAGAGAAACGAGCGGUCGAAUCGAGUUCGUGGUAAAAGGAUGUCGAGAACGAACGAAUAUCGCCUGGGAAAGUAUCAUUUGUCACCGCUCUUCCGGACGUCAUCGACGCACGAAGACGGUACGAGGGUGCGAAGACUCAGUCGGCGAGUCGGCGACAGGACGACGGAAGGGGGCAGAGAGGGGAGACACGAUGAAACUCGUGUUUUUAGGAUUUACGCGGCUCGCGCACAGUGACCGAUCGCGGGUCCUGUACAUACAUAUUACCGAUUUAUAUGUAUAUGUACGUGGGGACGCUCGUGGGCCACGUGAUGCCCGUUCGUGCGAACGUUUCCCGCAAGAUCGGAACGGCAAAGAUUGGGAGAGCCCUAAGGGCUCAAGUAGAGGACAGGGGGCGGCGGCGAACAGGCCGACAGCAGGGAGCGAGCACAUUUAUAGAGGGGAGCGAAGGAACUUUCCUCCGUUAAUAGGUGUGACGAUGGCGUCGAGAGCCUCCGCCGGCACUUUCGGCCGAUCUUCUUUUUUUUCUACUUAACGUACAUCCAUGAGACCGGGUUAGUCACGACGAUAUCGGGCUGUGAGACUGAUUCACACGUAUACACACAUACACACACACACACGUAUACACAUACGUGCACACCGGUACACGUUCUUACUAUAUGGACACACAACACGCUCACACACAUGUAUACAUACACGUGCAUACACACUCAUACACAUGCACGUACAACUAUAGAAGAACGAUCAACAUAAAAAAAAAUGCGCGGCGUUAAGAACGGCGGGCUGUCGUGGAAGAAUAAUGUGUUGCAUCGGACCUCUCGAGACGACGCGCUUACGCGAGACAACUCGUCGCGGGGAACACGUGGAUCACGUGACCG